AUGGGCGGUGUGGUGGAUGCAGCUAGGGAGAAGAAGUUACUCGCAGCUUAUACACUGUAUGCCGGCGCUGUUUUCCUGGUGCCACAAACGGCGACGCCGGGUGUGCCGGAUGAGCUUCUCCCUGUCGUCGAGGAUCCUGAGCGUAUAUCAGAGUUUGACGUCUGUAGGCUGGUGGUUGAUGUGCUGCGUAAAGGCGCGGUAGCCGCCAGGGAUAUGCUGCCGCUCGAGCCAAACAAGAUGAUACUACCGGGAUGCCUACUAGUACCUCUGAUACCUUUUAUGGACGCCAAAGAAUAUGGAGUUGAUGCCUUGGAUUCCUUGCCGUCACCUCGGAUUGCUGAUUACGGCAAGUUGGCGAUGCAAAAUAUGUUGAGGAAACACUUCCACCCCAAGAUUUUCAACAACAGCUCCAUCAACAUAAAGUUUGGGGGUUUUGUCGAUAGUGAUGUAGGUGCUACAACCACCAUUGCAGUCAAGCAUGGAAGCCACGUAGAGCACAGAACAAUUGCUCCUAGCACAGAUGGGUCUCCUAUGGUUCCUCUGGCUGCAGCUAAGAACACUGUUGAGCCGCCUCUUGUUGCUGGGGCUACUGCUAAUGCAGGGGAUGAUGAUACCGCUACAGGAGCGGGUGGUGAAGACAACCAAGUGGGGUCCGAGAGCAUUCAGGUUAAGAUAACCAGGGCUGCAGUUGCAGCUUUGGCCAUCAAUCUUGAGAGGACUAAGCUGGGAGACAAAAAGGAUCUGGAGUGCUGGCAAGAAUCUAUGAGGAUCAUAGAGUUGGAGAGAGAUAGGAAAGACAAGACGUGCUAUCUGUCUUCGUUGUUAGGUCGCGAUGCCUUGGCUGCGCUAGCUAGGAGGACGGCGUCUGCAAUUCAGAAGACAUCCAUCGACCGUGUAAACAUUGGACCGGCUGUGGAUUCUUCUGUUUCUCGGAUAGUUGAACCUAGUGGUGCAGCGCAGACUGGAGGUUUAGGAGACACAAGUGCUUCCGUGGAGGCGGCAAUACCGCUUGCCACUUUGUUUUCAUUGUCUGCUUCUGUUGAUGAUAGUGAUACAACAUCUUCUGAGGAAACAAGCUCGGUCGUUGGUGAUAGUUCAAGCGAUAGUGAUGAACAAACUGAUGACUUCUUGGGUGAUGGUGUGCACUAUGAAAUCUCUUCUGAUGAUGAGCCAAUAGCACAGAUAAGGCGCCAUAGCAUUAACACUCCUCGACAGAAUGUUUCAAUUCCUCAACGAGUGUUUGACAAUUCAGCUCCGCACGAUAAUGGUGUUGCACCUGUUGUUUUGGCACGUGUUGUUCCACCACAUCUUGCUCCAUUUGUCAUUGACAAUGGACCAUUUGGAUUGUCCCAAUUCCAGCUUGGAGUUUCACAUGCCCCAACACCAAUUCAUUGGAUAUCUUUCUCUGAAAAUGCAGUGCAAUGUCGGAACGACGAGCUUUACAUGGAUUGGUUUAUCAAUGCCAUGCCUUGGGAUCUCGUCAUCAGCGGCAAGAGGAUGGUGGAUAGUUUCCGUGAGGAUGGUGAGAUGACUUACUACACUGUCGAUGCUGGAGUUCGCAUGUUCAAUGAGAAGGAGAUGGUCAUGAUGCAAGGCACUGGAUACCGCAUGUGGCGUUGCAUGGUUCUUGCUAACUUUGCGGUUCAGUUCCUCUCGACGCCUGGAGAUUAUGAUCUGGAAACUGCUGUGAAAAUGUUCUUGCCUAGUAGGAUGGGGUUCUCACCGGCAACGUGCCGCAUGAUCAUGGCGCCUGUGUUACUUGAUGACUCGAGAGCUUGGUGCCUCUAUGCCUUCGACAUGCAUGCCAAGAUACUGAACAUACUGGACCCAGUCCAUACUCUUCAAUAUCAGGAAGUGAUGGCUGGCCUGCAUGCUGCUAACGCAGAUCUAUUCCUUGCUGAAUUAGGGGAGGUUGGCCUUGCCCUGGUUGAAGGGUUUACUAUUAACAGGGAUGAGUGGGACAUUGAAUACAACAUCGGCAUAAACAACCCUUGCUCUGUCAAUGAAUCUGUUGUGUACUUGUUCCAUUAUGCAAGGAACUUCACUGGAGCCAACCUAGCUGAACAGAUUGAUGAGGAUGGGCUGGUCGUCCUCCAGAAGAAGUUGUUCUAUGACAUCAUGGCGAUGGACGACAAUGCGGGGGAGACGCGAGGUCUCAUGGAGCGGUGAUGACUCAAUACAUGUAACUGAACCAGUGUGUGGCAAUGUGCAACCAUCGUAUUUUUGUUUUGCAGAAGUGUGACGCGGUCUUAUUAGCUAGUUUUAUAGCUAAAAAUGUGAUGCUUCCAAAAAGAAGGGUCGGGGUCAUCCGCAUGUGGCUGGUUUGCUUUUGUUCCAACUAUGCAAACUUUGCUCCCAUAUUAUUCGGUAGUGUGACAAUGACAUAAGUAUGUUUUUGUAUUUUGCUGCACUUGUGCAACCAGGAGCGCGACAAAUUUGGGAACAAAAUAGCGCCCUCAAUAUUAUUUAUGUGAAUGCACUGAGUUUUGUGUGAAA